GUGACGUUCAUGGGCAAAAGAAACCAAAACUGACUGAAUGACAUGUAAACUUAAGCGAUGGAGGAAGCAAAAUAUAUGAAUUCUCGUUUUGAUUUUAAUAUCAAUUGACGCUGAAUGCAUGAGCGGUGCUCGUGCAGUUAGAGGAUGUCGCGCGUUACAGCCGAUCUGAGUUUUCAAACACUUAUCGAGUGUAAUUACUGCUACCCAGAUGAUGUGCUUGAUGACAUCAAAGAUGUGUCGGCAGUUUUCCCAAACCUGCAGCUAUACGUGGACUAUUAUCUCUAUCCCAACAAUGAUAAGAGGAAGUUGGUUUAUUUGGGUGGCACUGUUCCUGUAACAUAUGAAGACUCCAAGUACAAUAUUCCAGUUUGCAUCUGGAUCCACGAGACCCAUCCCAAAAAUCCACCCAGGUGUUACGUCUGCCCUUCACCCUCCAUGGUUAUCAAUGCUAAAAGCAGCAAUGUUGAUGACCAUGGUCGCAUUCUUCUCCACUGUCUCAGCAACUGGAAGAUUGGGUGGUCAAACUUGUCUAUAGUUCUGGAGGAGAUGAUUGCCGCCUUUCAGCGCGAAACUCCUCUAUUUGCCACCUAUUCUGUCCAAACCCCUCCACUACAUUCUCAAGCAAAGCACCUGCCGACUGAACUGGUAGUUCAACCAAAUCCUGUUUCAUCCUAUGGCAGCAGCUGGCCACAUACAAGCAGCAGUUCAAUGCAGAAGACGUCAACAGCUCAACACGAAACGUCCACUUCAUCUGUGCCUCAGCAUACCAGCAACAUCCUACCCAAGAGUACAAAGUCCCAGGUGAACCUGAAUCAAGUCAGUGAAACAGAGAUGAGUGGGGUAAGGAGAUCAUACACGCAAGAGUUGCUGGAUUUUGGAAUCACAUUUGGUGCACAAGCUUUGGACACCAACCACCAAACAAACCCAUUCAUUUCUCCUGCCUCAGCUCCCACCAGCAGUACUUCUAAUGUAGAUGACAUAGACGACAUGUUCAAAAGCCUUCAGUUACAAAGAGUUGUCAACGUGUACCAGUUAAGCAACAGGGAGAAAGGACCGUGGCAGGAUUGCGGUGGGAGUCCCAGGGUUCACCCAGGAUUAGUGGACGACCAUCACAAGGUGGUGGUGAGCAGGCUUCCUGUGGGCAUCUCUCCCAGCAAGAUGAAGAACAAGCUCACCAUCUACUUCCAGAGAAAGCAGAAUGCAGGAGGAGAGGUUCUGGAUGUCAAAUACCCUGCAGCGCAGCCAGACCAGGCCUGGGUGCUCUUCAGAAAUCAGAGAGAUGCAGAGCAUGUUCUGAGGCAGCCUGACAGGGUGAUUAGCAUUAACGAGCAGGGAUUUCUUAUUCAGCUGAAGAAGUUUGAGGACAUGGAGAUCCCAGGUGGUGUCCAAGGUGAGAAAGCCGAAAUGUUUAAGAGCAUCUUGAGUCUGGAGGGGUGCAGUUUCAGCUCCACAGAUGUACUGGAAGCAGUGCAGUCAUGCCGAGACCUCCCUUCUGCUCUGAAAUAUCUCUGCCACGAUUGUCCUAUAUGCCAGGAGCAAGUUUCCUUCAACAGGAUGGUCACCAUGACACACUGCUCUUGCACAUUCUGUGAGAGCUGUUUUAAGAAGUACUUCUCCUCUGUCAUUAAGGAGAAGAAUAUAGUACAUGUUGUGUGUCCCCUCUGUAAUCUUCCCGAUGUACGAGGAGGCCGCAGGGAGGAGUCUAUGGAGUAUUUCAGUCUACUCGACACACAGAUCAGGUAUUAUUUAGACCCCCAGAUCCACGAGCUCUUCCAGAGGAAGCUCAGAGACCAGGCACUGCAGGAAAUGCCCAACUUCCGCUGGUGUGCACAUUGUUGCUUUGGGCUCCUUCAUGAAGCAGACAGGCUGAGGAUGGACUGCCCCAGCUGUGGGAAAAGCACAUGCUUUCAAUGUAAAAGGCCGUGGGCUCCACAGCAUGAAGGAAUCUCAUGUAAGAAGUUCAAAGAGUGGGAGCAGCUCAACAGCCCCGAGUACCAGAACUCAAGGCUGGAGCAGCUCCUCAGCAGGAACAAAAUAGACUGUCCAAAAUGCAAAUUUCGCUUCUUCCUGGCUAGAGGAGGCUGUUUGCAUUUCAGAUGCACUCAGUGCCAGCACGAAUUCUGUGGAGGCUGCAGUCAGCCAUUUAAACAAGGCUCUGCCUGUAAUUUUUCAAUCGAGUGCACAGCUAAAGGGUUACAUGCUCACCAUCCUCGAAACUGCCUAUAUCAUCUGAGAGACUGGAGUGUCCCGAGACUACGGACCCUGCUGCAGCACUAUGGGAUAUCACAUCCUCUCAUGUUCAGCCGCAAAGAUUCGGUGGGGAGACACUCUAAAGGCAUCUGUGGUGUAAUGGAGGUCCAAGAAACAGGAGCUGUGAAAGAGGAGCCAUGUGGUCGACAAGCCGAGUACAAUGGUUACUGCACGUUACAUUAUAAAGAGUGUCUGGUGGAGCUUAUAAACAACAGUGCACUGGAUCCUUUGGUACUGUUUGAUGGUGCGGAGUUGAGGGUAGAAAUGGACCGCUGGAAAGUGCCAGUCCCAGACAAACAACCUUUAGAGCCGGAUCACCGGUACGAGGACAGACUGCGGCAGAUCUUAAAAGAGAGGGUGGGUCUGACCAGAGUUGCAGCUCCUGGAUUGAAGACAGCUGCUCUUCCCACACCGUCCCCCUCUUCUCCUCCUGUGGCUGGAGCUCCGUGGUACUCCAUCUUGAGCCGUGCCGUACCUGAGGAAUCCCAGCAACUAUUGCUGCUGACUGAUUGAAGAGCAUGGACUGUAUAUGCAAUUUUGCUGUCACUAUUAACACCAACAAAUUGGCAAAUCUCUGGAUCAAGCCAAAUUGUUCUUCAAUACAUUAUUAUGGAGAAAAAAAGAAAGUCUUUCUUACCCUUACACAAUUUUAAUGUUAUGUCAGUGGAAAAUUAUGCCUUAAAAUGAGCAGAGCAACCAGCAAUGACAUAUUUUUAUCCGUUUUUACAAUAUAAGCACUGAAGUUUCUGUAUCAUACUUAUAGUCACUUCACAUAACCUUACUUCUGUUAAAGCUUGUGAUUUUCAAAACGUCUGAAGUUCUCUAAUUGUUGGCUGUGAGUAUCUACUCAUACUUGUUUUAACUGUUUUAUAUUAAUUUUUUAAGUCAGCAUACAGUAUAUGCAUUAUACUAAGCACAAGUUUGCACUUUUGGCCUUUGUGAAAUGGGUAUUAGCAUGAUCUGUAAGAAGUGUGAGAGGUUAUGUGUUGCAAAGAUUAUUAUUUUCUGUGUGAAUAACGGUGAAUAAAACAUUUAUUUUC